CGAACAUAGCCAAUCUUCUUGAUGAUCAAUACAAAAGGUUCCAUUGUAAGAUAAACGGUUUUCUUGACUUUUAGAAGUCAAUGCUUCAUCUGCAGAUGAACAUCAAUUAAGCACAAAUCAAACAGCACAAGAACAAUCUAACGAGAUUAAUACAACUAUACCAACAAAAAGUGAUGGAACAGCUGAUAUGCGAUAUAGAGUAAGUAAAGAAGCUGUUGCUUCGGGUGACAUCGAACCUGAUGAAAAGCUAACAGAAGGGAGUGACACAAUGCCAACUGGUGAAAAUGAAGAUUUUUCAGGAGGAUCUACAUUAACUGAUAUUCCGACAAAAUCUGACGGCACUGCUGAUAUGCGCUAUACUGCAAGUCAAAAUGCUGUUGCAUCUGGAGAGAUUACUAGUGGUGAAGUACUUGCCGACAGUAACGAAUGUUCAUCAGGUGGAAUUGCUGAGUCUUCGUCAGGGAUGAUGGAUAGUGCGGAAAGCAGUGGUGGUCCUCUCAAAGCAGAUGGAACGCCGGAUAUGCGUUUCAGUGCCAACCAAUAA